AUGUCAGACGCCUCAGACUCAAGCUCUGGUCUCCACUCCAGGAAACCCAAAGUGGUCUCCAAGAACAGCACCUCUCCACAAGAACCCACAGCUCCGGCCUUCACCCGUAAACUGCGGAAGGCGGCAGUGGGCACAGGCUGCGACAUCCGCCUCCGGGUGUGUGUGACGGGACAGCCCACGCCCGCGCUCUCCUGGUACCACAAUGAGCAGCCCCUGCCCCCCUCUGAGGCCCAGGACGCAGGGGGGCUGUGGAUCCGGGACUGUCGGACCACUCACGCAGGACUCUACACCUGUGUGGCCUCCAACGCGCUGGGAGAGGCCCGCUGCAGCGCCGUGCUCGCUGUCAUGGACCUGGGAGAAGGUAAGCACCAGCUCAAACAGACACAUCUCACAAAAUGCUAA